CUCCGGCGGUGUGGAGUUCUGGAACAUUCUAUAGCCACUCUUUUUUCCCUUUAGGUCACCGAGCAGCGCGGAGCUCCGACCUUCAGGUACAGACAUCAUCCACCUGACCGCUGUGCCUUUUUACACACGUGACCCCUGCGGGCUUGGGCUGAAGACUCCUAAAACCUGAACAUCUAAACAUCUGCUGGUGAGAAGUAGCCCUGUGUCUAGUGUAGAGCUCAGUUGGGCUUCCGUGCCGUAGAGAGCCUGUACUCCUGUGACCAAACCGAUCUUCCAGAAGCAAAUACUUGAAAAUGGCCGAGAAGCAGAUUAGUUUGCCCGCUAAGCUCCUUAAUGGUGGGAUUGCGGGAAUUAUUGGCGUGACUUGCGUUUUUCCAAUUGAUUUGACCAAGACACGGCUCCAAAACCAGAGAAACGGUCAACAAAUAUACAAAAGCAUGUGGGACUGUUUAGGGAAGACGAUACGUUCAGAAGGAUACUUUGGAAUGUACAGAGGUGCUGGAGUGAAUUUGACUCUAGUAACUCCAGAGAAGGCCAUUAAAUUAGCUGCCAAUGACUUUUUCAGGCAUCACUUCUCCCGCGAUGGCAAGAAACUCACACUGGUGAAAGAAAUGCUGGCAGGAUGUGGAGCUGGGACCUGUCAGGUUAUUGUAACCACUCCUAUGGAAAUGCUGAAGAUUCAGCUGCAGGAUGCUGGAAGACUAGCGUCUUGUCAGAAAGCUGCUAUUGGGAUACAAAGUCUUUCUCAGAGUGCAAAGCAUUUGAAUACCAUCCCUGUGCUCUCCAGGGCUUAUAAUAUUGGGCCAGCGUUGGUGACACAGAAGUUGUCUGCUACUCAGAUUGCUUCUGAACUUCUGAGAACCGAGGGUGUAAAAGGACUUUAUAAAGGACUGGGGGCUACGUUACUGAGGGAUGUUCCAUUUUCAGUCAUCUAUUUUCCAUUGUUCUCCAACCUUAAUAAACUGGGAAUGUCCUCCGCAGAUGGGAAGGCGCCAUUUCUUCACUCGUUCUUUGCAGGCUGUGCUGCUGGCUGCACAGCAGCUGUGGCUGUCAAUCCUUGUGAUGUGAUAAAGACUCGUCUUCAGUCAUUGAACAAAGGAGCCAAUGAAGAAGCUUACAGUGGAAUAAUAGAUUGUGCCACGAAAAUCUGGAAAAAAGAGGGCCCAUCUGCCUUUCUAAAGGGAUCAGGAUGUCGAGCAUUAGUUAUUGCACCCCUUUUUGGUAUAGCUCAGGUAGUUUACUCCCUUGGUGUGGGAGAAGCAGUUGUGGAGUUUGCUCAGUUUCGCAGCUUAGCAUCACAAUAAUUCAAGCAUUCCAUGGGACUUGAAGAAAAAUGACCACACACGGAUUGUGUCUUUACCUUCACUUUGGGAUAAAUUGAACCGUUUUUUUCUAUGACGCCAGAAGAAACUAUUGGCACCUAACUGAUUUUCAUUGUUACCCCUGCUCCCAUCCUUUGUUUAGCACUUUUGUCCUCCACCCCCAAUUGUUUAUAUGCCUUUACUUGCUUACGUGAAAUAGCACUUGUUUGCCGCAGUGACACAUCAGGGGUAUAUAGGUACCUAGGGAGUUGUUAGUUCACUAUGCAUUCCCGAUUUUCACGUCAGAGGGUAACUCUGGUAUGUUAGCAGAGAGAAUAAGAUUGAUAUUGCAAGUCGCAGAGGGUUUUUAUGUUCAGAUAACUGCACCGUGGAAUUCUUGGUCAUCUCCAAGACUUGCAUGUGUAGUAUAUUCUGGAAGUUAUGGGUCUGGAUGAGUGUACUUGAAACAAAAGCCGUCUGUGGAAGUGAACAAAACAAUGGUUCACUGGGGCCAAUAUCAUUUUGUGGAAUGUCUGGUGCACAUUCUGAAAGUGGUUCUCCAGGAAUUAAAAAAAUGAAAAUACUUAAAUAUUAUUUUGUAAUAAAUAUAUUCACAGAUGCCUUUCAUUACUCAGAAUGGCUUAUUUUGUCUAGGGAGCAAUCAUUAGGAGAAAUAAAAUGGCCGGCGUCCUAUCAGUACACACAAAACCUGUCCUAAUCACACAGGAGGACAAGUUACUUUACCACAAUGAGCCAUAGU